GGCUAAUUUAUUAGGCAGGACCGCCCAUGCCAAUCCCAACUUUGCGCCGAGUUGUCUAGUUCCUUCCCGACACACUCCAACAGUCUCAAUCUUUCCAAGCAUUUGCAAACACUGGCUGCGGCAUAGGCAACGUUCCAACGAGGCAGCCAACUCGCAGAUGGACGAGGACCGGGCGCAGCAGAGGGAGCGGCUGCGCACAGUCCUUCGAGCCUGUGGAGCUGACCUGAAGCUCUUCAACGACAUCUUUCUGGACAAGUUGUGGGACAACUAUUAUCGCAGCGUCCGCGGCCUUCAGGAUGCCAGUCGCGAGAGCCUAAAAGACGCUGGGCUGCCGCUUGGCCUUGUCGACCACAUAUUGGGGCUGCAAGGCCGCGCGGAGUCUGCGGCUGCGGAGCGGCGGUCUCGCGCGCCAGCAGCCCCGGCGCUACAGAUGUUCUGGAAGAAUCUGACUGCGGCUGAGCUGACGGAGGUGGACGACCAGAAGGUGCUCUCGCUGCCGCCGGGCGUGCGCUUCCCGGCCAGCACAGCAGCACUGCACCAGCUGCUGCGGCGCACGUGCUACGACACCGCUUUCAACAAGAUGCAGGACUGCCUCAACGAGCCCUCAUCAGGCACCCGGCGCUUCCUCGUCCUGGGGACACCAGGCAUCGGCAAGAGCGUGUUCCUGCUGGACCUGCUCCACCGCCUGGCCUGCAUGCGGCGCACGGUGGUGUUACUUUCUUCCCUUAUCUACCCCAGCGCGCUGCUGUUUCAGCCCGCAGCCGCCGACGGUGCCGGCGGCGGCGUGUUUGCGGCGGACAACCCCAUCGAGUUCCAGGAGGAACUCAACGACUCCAACACGUGGCUGCUGUGCGACUCCAUCGAAUUCUCGUACGUGAAAGCCAUAACAGUGAUGGUCUCCUCGCCGCGCGCCGGCGCCUACAAUAGGUUUGCCAAGACCAACCAUCUGGAGCUGUGGAUGGGACCGUGGAGCCUGGAGGAGAUUCGCGCCGCACGCUGCCUCGAGCCGUACGGGGCAACCGUUGACGUCGAGACGGCGGAGCGGCUGUACAAGACAUGGGGCGGGAUCCCGCGCUACGUUCUGGAGAGUGCUAAGAACCCGUCAAUGCAGCGGAAGCUGGACGACGCGCUGGGGUGGAGUGACCUAUUCGCUGUGCUGCGCUCGGUGAAGCAUAUCGAGGCCGCCCCUGAGGCGAGCCACAAACUACUGCACGUUCAGGUGAACAACGCGUGUGAGAAGACCGAGGUGGUGUUCGGCUCGGACGAGAUCGCCAACCGUGUGACCGAGAAGCUUCAGGCGAAUGGCAUGGUGGUUCUGCGGCAAUUCCUGACCUGGUCCGCGGGCGAGCCGAGGGCUGCCAGCCUGCGGGGCCUGCUUUUCCAGGCUUAUGCGUUCCAGGUGCUCGCACGCGGGGGCACGUUCCGGGUCAGGGACCUGACUGCUUCCGCAAGUGGCGGCGGCGUGCCGCAUGAGGUGGUGCUGCCGCAGCUGUCGCGCCUAGAUGUGCAAGACCUGGCAGCAGCAGAGGCCGGCUCCCUGGUCAUUCCGGCACGGAAGAACUUCCCGGCCAUCGACUGCAUGGUGGUGCUGCCAGCCCGCGGAGGCGUCUUGACACCUUCCCGUCGGCUGCUGUUGAUCCAGCUAACCGUGGCUGCUUCGCAUUCGGUGGAGGAAAAUGCGCUGGCGGCGCAACUUAAGCUGCUGCCGGCGACAAUACGACGUCUGAAGCCGGCGCUGCUCAUCGCUGUGCCGCCUGACAUGUUCGACUGCAUUGGCGCUCAGAAGACGUCGGGCACUGGGCCUCUGAGUGGCGUGCAGCAGUAUGCGCUGGAGGUGCCCAUCAGCGGCUUCGGUGAGAGCACCAACAUGAGCAACGCCAGCAGUGGCGUGAACACCAGCAGCGCCAGCAGCACGCGGGACAGCCGCCGCAGCGGCCGCGUUUCACGUGAGCGGCGGCGCAGCGGCGAUGUGAGCAGCAGUGCGGUGCUCGUGCGCCCGCACAUCAGUAGCUGUCUGCCAACGAGGCUGGGGCGACGAAGCCUGCCGUUGGGUGACGUAACGCGCCAAGCCGUCCGCGGCGCCAUCGUCCCCACGCGGUCACUUGGGGCCUGGUGAUUGCGUUGGGGAAGCCUUUUUAGUUAUUCCAUACAAGGCAUGAACUUUGCACCGGCAUCUCGUUUACUACAUAUGAAGACUACCGGUCCACUGGACAACUGCGAAUGAGUGUGGAGGAGAGCGAGGUCCGUGCUAAGACAGCGUGGAGUUCGGUGCGUUGCGGGGAGGGUCCGGGGGCGGACCGAGGGGGGUGCAGGGGGGGCCGAGCCGCCCCCGCUGCAAAAAGGGCAUUUCGAUGGAAAUCGUGGAUAGCCAGGGGAGAGGGGGUAUGCACCAGGGGAGGUGAAGGCCAGGGGAGGUUAUGGUGAAGGCAGGCGAGUUUGCUCCUCUUCGGCUAGGCGGGGGCAUAUGGAUUAGAAGGGUCUUCACUUGGUUGGUAGGUUGCGAAGGCGAGAAGGAACUGCGGGGCUGUGACACAUCGGUGUCGACAUUCGCGUUCGGUGAAGGAAAGUGCGCUGGCGGCGCAACUUGAGCUGCUGCCGGCGACAAUACGCAUCAUAUUAUAGUCAGAAACGUAACAUGGUGUGGCGUAUCCGGCUGACCGUGGGCGACGUGUACCUCUGCAACGGUUGCCCCCGCGGCCUGUACUGGGAUAGCGGCCUAUGGAAUGCCCUUGCCCGCGAGGGCGCUAAAAUGUACACGAAGACCGGA